ACCAAGAUGGCGGCCAUUCGGAUGUAAUACAUGUGGAGCGAUCACAAAUAGUGGCGGUACGACUCGCGAAGGGGCCGGUUGACGAGCAAAACAAACCGGAACGCUAGAAUAAGUAUGAAAUCGGUUGUGGUGAUCGCCGCUGCAGUGUUGUUCCUGGCCUACUACUGUAACGAGCCUGUUCCAGACGGAGUCACCCAGCCUUGGGUCUACGCCGCCAUGGGAAUAUACUUCAGGACACUCGGUCACGUGGCGAGACUUGGAGAGAACUUGGGCAUAGCCAGGGACGCGCACAUUAGGCGGGCCACCAUAUCCGGAGUGACAAACAUCGCCAGGAAGUUCAAGUCCGACCACAGAACUGGUCUGCAUGUCACAGACACGACCUUCGACGGGGUCAAAGUAAGGAUCUAUGAGCCUGCUGCAGUUCACCCUGCUGGAGAUAGGAGGACAGGCCUGGUCUAUUUUCACGGCGGAGGAUGGGCACAAGUGGCGAUGGAUGAUUUGGAUGAGUUGAUGGCUUACAUCCCAAAGCAGCUGGGAAACGUGCUUGUCGCCGUGGAUUUUCGACUGGCUCCCGAGCACCAAUUUCCCGCUAGUUUCGACGACUGUCUGGUCGCCACAAAGUUCUUCCUACGUCACGCGGAGGACUACAACGUCGAUCCGUCGCGCGUUGGCGUUGGUGGGGACAGCGCUGGCGGUAAUCUGGCCGCAGCCGUCGCGAUCUCCAUGACGAAAGAAAAGGAGUUCCCAAAGUUGAAGGUGCAGGCGCUGUUGUACCCAGCCCUGCAGGCUUUUGACUUUAACACGGCCUCUUACAAGGACUAUGGUCACCUGAGUCCUCUAACCACUGAUUUAAUGAUCUCCUUCUGGCUGUGGUAUCUGAACGACGAUUUAUCUUCAUUGGAACUCUUAAAAACCAACAACCACACCACAGACGCGUUGAAGAAGUCGCAGUUUGCCGGAUACUUAAACCACAACAUAGUAUCCACCCCUUUAAAUAAGAAAGAUGUCGAGUUCCCCUCAAUAGAAAAGAUAGAGACCAUUUUGGACCCUCGAUUCGCCCCUUUAAUGGCUAAUGACGCUGACGUAAAGAAGCUCCCCCCUACCUACGUUAUGACUUGCGAAUAUGACGUACUGAGAGAUGAAGGCGUGGCGUACGCACGUCGGCUGGAGAAGCUGGGAGUGGCCGUCCAACACGACCACUACAAACAUGGCUUCCAUUGUUGCUUGAUCGAUAUCAAUACGAUAGACGUAGCAAGGGAAGCCAUGGAAAACUACGUGUCGUAUCUCAAGAAAAAUCUUUGAGUCACUUCUGUAGCUUAACAAUGGUUUUCCACUUUGCGUUCUUGCCAUGGCUUCAUUUCAAGGAUUGACACGUUUGUAGCUUUGAUGAAUAUCUGGAUUAUAUAGAAUUAUUUUACCUGAGCUAUUUUCAUUACAUUUCAGACCGCUUAGAGAAUGUAGAAAGGCAUACUU